UCAGAAACUAUUUAUAUUUUCUAAGCUUUUGUUAUGGUUGAGAUAUCUUAGGAAUUAAUUUGCACUUUAUUUUUUACUUCAAGCAAAGCAUACAAAAUGAGUGUUUCAGUGCAAAGUCCGUCUGCGGAUUCGUCUGGAAAUUCGACACAGUUGGAAAGAUUUGAAGAUAUGGCUGUUUUAAAUGUGAAAAAAUAUGUUAAAGAUUUACUGCGCUCUCGCAUUUUCUUAGGCCGCUAUCUUGAAAGAAGACUUGUAGAUCAACGAAUUGGUUAUCGGGAUGUGGUUCUUAUAAGUGCCGCUGAAGCAGAAAUCAAAAGGGAUAUGAUUGAUGCUCUUCAAAAACUUCGUUCUGUGUAUCCAUUGUUACAUUGGAUUGGUAUAACGGAUUCAAACGCUAUAAGUGUUAAUGUAUCACCUAGCCUUUGUUUGUGGACAGAAAUUGAUAAUCAACCAUUCGGCCCAUUCUGGUUUCAAGUAAAAAGUAUCAAGUUCAGAGUUGAUGAAAUAUUAAUAACAUUAAAUUGCAUAAGGCCUAUAACAGACUCAUAUUUAGAAUUGGAACCAAUACUAACAGGAGCUACUAAAAAGCCUAAGAAUAAUGUAAGCCAAGUUAAAGAAGUUAAGGCAAAUUUAAAUGAAAGUUUUAGUGAAAUUAAAGAAACAUUAAAAAGUGCAUUAACAAUAAGAAACGCAAAAGAGUUUGUCACAUUUGUUUUUGCAUUUGUUAUUGCUAUAUUCACAGGCAGUACAGCAUUUGUUAAUUUCCUCGGUAAUUUUAUUUUAGCUUUAUUGAGGGAAAUAUCUAUAUUAAUUAAAAACUCUACACCUAUGCUGUUAGGUUUUCUAGAUUUUCUUAGUAAAAUUGUUGGUGGGUUUUAUAUUUUAUUAGCUAUGCUUUUUAAAUCAAACACUCCUCAUCCUCAGAAUAAAAGAAGUUUGACUUACUACAAUAGAAUGGAUAAUAGUAGAGAAUUUGACUAAAUAAUACUGACAAGAUCUCACAGAUAUUACAUUAAUACAGUAUCUGUAACAUAUUCCCUUGAGCAUUUAACAGCUUUUUAUUGUUUUUUAUCUCUGUAUAAUGAUAUUUUAGAGGAAAAAGGAGCUGUAUAGCUCCUAUAAAUUAGUGAUG